AUGGCUCCAACGGGAAGCCCACGGAAGAAAGCUAGAAGAGCCUCUCACCAAGGUCAGCGGCCAGGCAAGAUCCCGAAAAGGCCAGCUCAGACUGUACCUUGCUCCUGGACAGCCCCGACAGCAGGCCCAUCGACCAGCCAGGUACCGCAGAUAGAAGGAACGUAUCCCAUAAUCGAAUUCACCGAAGAGAAUUGGCGUCUACAUAUUAUACGAGACCUGAUGCCUUUCAUCUGCGUCAUGGAAAGUUGCCCGAUACCCAAUGCAAUGUUCAAUUCCUCUGAGGACUGGACCCAGCACAUGGAGGAACAUCACCGCGAGGGUGGCUGGGUCUGCCGCUGCGAGGAUAACACUUUUUAUUUUCACGACGAGGACGAAUACAUGAGACACAUGGUCCAUGAUCACGACGCCGAUCCCGUUGAAGACUUUGAGGCUCUCACUGAAGACAACGCUGAGCCUUUGCCCUUCCGACCCCUGGAGAGUUGCCCAUUCUGUGACCAUUACGACAACACAAGUGGUUCCGAGGGUGUCAAUGAGCACAUUUUUCAGCACCUGUUCUCCUUCUCACAGCUGUCGUUACCCGAGGACUUUUUGCCCUCCAAAGAACAUGAAGAGGAUUGGACUGGAGAAGACGAUCCGGCCUUCAUUGAUACUAGGUUCCAGCACCACUUACGCCGUCUUGAGCUCUCCACUUCGGAAGAUGAAAAUUUGUCCGAUGGCGGAACCCCCGAAAGCAUGGAGGUCGACAACUUAGACGAUGGCACCCAAGACACUGUCUAUUCUGAGGCGCAAAACGAUCCAGAGCGGUUUAGUAGAGAGAAAGGAGUGCGAAUGGACACCACUGGGGGUUAG